GUUAUUUUUCUCACUGAUGGCGCUAGUAUCGCGAUCGGGCAGAAGUGCUAGUGAAAAUUGCAAUUGAAAGUGUUUUAUUGUGGGUGCACUGAAAAAGAACUUUUUCCCUGGUUAAGUAUUUGGCUCUCUAGUCGCUAGCAUCAUUUGCAGACGCCUCAGAUACUAUAGAAAAUGGACGUUUUUCUCAUGAUUCGGCGAAAGAAAACAACAAUUUUUACAGACGCCAAAGACAACACGACAGUUAGUGAAUUGAAAAAGAUGAUAGAAGGGAUUCUCAAGAUUCGGCCUCGAGAUCAGCAGCUUUACAAUAAAGACAACACAGUCAUGGAGGAUGAUAAGCCAUUGCAAGACUAUGGUAUCUCAAUUGUUACGGCUAAGGCUCAGGCUCCAGCACAACUGGGUCUCGCAAUUCGGACAGAAACGGGUGAAUUUGAAGCGCUGGAAAUAACACCAUAUUCAUCACCGCCAGACCUUCCGGACGUGAUGAAAAAUCAAGAGGCUGCCAAUGGACAGGAGCAAGUUGCUUAAUUGCCUUUUCUUGUUUUAUAUGAAGCGCCCCCAAAAGAGAUACAGAGGAGCUCACAAGUGAAAAAAAAGAAGAAUGCUGUAAAUUAUAAAUAUGUUUUUUUUUCCUUUUGAAUAAGCUCCAGCAGGUGAGGUAAAAAAAAAAUAAUGUUUUUUUCUCUUUACCAAUUCAAUGAGGAAUUUAUUAAAAACAAAAAAAUGUCUCCAUAAAUGUUGGGGGUUAUUUUGCACUAUCUUUUUUUUUAAUAAAAUUAACACAUUUUUUAGAAGAUUGUCCUUUAUCUUUCUUUUUUUGUUGAAAAGUACCUUCAUUCUAAGUGGAAUCACUAUAGAGGAAAUAAAAUUAUCUCGAUUCUUGUCUUUUUCACAAAAAAAACUUGAUAGAUAAAUAAAUAAAUAAAAGCAUCAAAGAAUAUUUCUUUUCUACCUUCUGAAUGUGCUUGCUUUUAGCGAGAUAUAAUAAUUUUUUCUUUGCAAUCCUGGGGGAGGAUCCUCAUCCGCGAAAAAGAUCAUUUAGCCUUUAUAUUUUUGCAUUUCAAUAAGCUAAAUUAUUGUGGUCAUUCUCACUUUUUUUUAAAUUUUAGGUUAUUUUUUUAUUUUAGAAAGUAAGGUUAUGAUGAACUUAAUGCAAACUUUGGGCAAAAAUAUUUAUAAAUAGUCACAAAAAAAUAAUUUUCGUUUUUUUUUAAUGGAAUAGGUAAAUUAAUGGGAUUCUCCUAACCUAUAAAUUAGUUGAAGUUUUAGGUUAUGGUAGUCAUAACCUUAAAAAUUCAAUUCUAACUUUGCGGUCAUCUCAUAAAUGAACUUCUAUUAAGAAAAAUAUAAAAUCAUCUAAAAUGCCAUAUAAAGGAAACCAAUUAAAGUGAUUUUUAAAACGUAAUUAAAUAACGACAGAAAAUAAAUGAAAAGAUUAUUAAGUUUUAAAAUACAAGACAUCUUGGAAAUUAUUCUGAAUUUGCUGGAGUGUUUGAUACAUUCAGUACACGACUACAAAUCAUAAUAAUUUUAUCCAUUUUCUACUAUUCCAAAAGUUUCCGCUUCAUAUAUGAGGUUAUGUUGUGUCUAACCUCAAAAUCGGGAAAUAUUUUAGAAAUAGAAACAAAAAUAUUAACUUUUAAAGUGAAUUUCUCACGAUUUGAUUAAAAUUAAUAAUUUCAGGAUAAUUUUUUGCUUAAAAAAUAUAACAAACUCGAAAAAGUUAAAGUUCUAAUCUUCAAAAAUAUUUUGAGGUUAUGAUUUAAUACGAUUUCAAAUAUGAAGCGACGUUUAAAAUUGGAGAAUAAUGGAAUAAAAUAUUUUUUCGGUUUUCUGAUUCUCUUAUUUUACUAAUAACCCAGCGAGCAUCAAAUACUGACCGAUUUCUAUUCAGCUAAACGCUUAGGUAUUUUCAGCUGAAUUCUGCUAACCUUAAAACGACACUUGCGAAACAGUGCCUAGCAAUUUUUGUUCAAGACUGCUGACCGAUCAGCAUAUUUUUGUUCAUCGAUUGAGCAAAGAUAUGCUAAAAAUCCUACUUUAUUUAGCUGACUGUGCUCGCUGGGAAGUUGAUUAGAAUUGUAAGGUUAUUUUGAACAUAACCUCCAAAACGGUUUUCAAAAGCAAGAACACUUCAAAAUGUUGCAAAUUUAUUUUCACAAACUUAAAUCAUCUGAGAAACAAAAAAAAGAAUAAAUUGUAAUAUAAUUCAUGUUCCUUUUUACAUAGUCUUGUUUUCGAGUUUUUUGAAAAGUUUUCUGAUUCUAACUAUUCAAGUCUUUAUCUUUUUAAAAAAAAAAAUGAAUACAUUCUAAUUAAAAUAUGAGAUCCAGUGCUAAGAAUGUUUUCCAGUUUACUCACAUAAAAAAAUCGAUGCGCUCUCUUUGAGGUUAUGUUCAACAUAACCUCAUAUUACAAAAAAAAAACAAAAUUUCAGCACUGUGAAAAGAAAAUUAGCUACAUUAAUCAAAUUGUAUUGCUCGGAAAAUUAACGCCUUGGCCUGAGAUAUAUCUUUUAAGGCAAGAGAUGGACCGAGACACUGGAACCUCUCCUGAUUUUCUCUGCUGCCAUAUUCGAUUCCCUGAUGAAGAAGGCCAUUCAUCCUCGAAAAGUUCUAAAAAGUAAAAUUGUGAAAAUCAAGACAGGUUCAGUAUUUUCGUCUUUAUACUGUUAUAUUCCUGGAUCGAAAAUCUGCUGGAUCUUUUUGAGGUUAGAUUACACAUAACCUCAAUUUAUAAAAUAAUUUAAAAAAAGAGAAUCAUAAUAAAACCAAAAAAGAUAAAAUUGCAGGUUCUUAUAAAAGUUUGUUUUUUUUUUAAAUAAAUUUUAAAAGGCCCCAAAUUUUUAAGGUUAGGUUCAACAUAACCUGAAAUUUCUGAAUAACCUACAAAAAAAUUAAUAGAGAAUGAUGCACAAAAAGUUGGUGCUGUUGUUCUCAAAUAGAAUGUAAAUCUUAUGGAAAAGUAAAACAAUUUAUCUUUAAAUUUACAUAAGAAUAUGCCUAAAUACUCAGUACGAUGUAAAGUUCUAUGAUUCUUAAGACAACCCUCUACAACAAUCGCUUUCCCAGGAUUUGUCGUCCCUUUCAAAAAAAUAAAACAAAAAAUUAUUCUACGGAUAAUCAUUCUCUUUCAUUUUUAUUUAACAAGAAAUUAAAAUUUCUUUGAAUGUACAAUUCUUUUAUAAUUAAAAAAAAAAACAAUUCACUGAGACGAUAAAGGAAAAGAAAAAAAUAACGAAUGUGGAAUAAUUUAUGUAAUUUGUAAAAUAAAAAGAAUAUGAGAAUUAGUGAUUAAUAAAUCUUGAGAGAAAGGAGA